GUACAGAGAGGUUGCAGCAGAAAAAUACACUCGUAAGUUAAAAGCUGUGGCUUUCUCUUUGUUUUUUGAACGGCUUCUAUUGUGUGAGCGCUGGUCUUAGACCCGCCUCCUUGCCUGUUCUCAACUGGGUCCAGGAGAUGGAGGAUAAAUAUUUGGCCUCUGUGUGGCGUAUUUUAUUGAGCGGCUUCACUUCGAUAGAGCGGCAUCAUGUCUGGUAGAGGUAAAGGCGGUAAGGGACUUGGUAAAGGUGGCGCAAAGCGUCAUCGUAAGGUCCUUCGCGAUAACAUCCAGGGAAUCACUAAGCCGGCUAUUCGCCGUCUGGCUCGCCGUGGCGGUGUUAAGCGUAUUUCUGGCCUGAUUUAUGAAGAGACUCGCGGUGUGCUGAAGGUCUUCUUGGAGAACGUCAUCCGCGACGCCGUCACCUACACCGAGCACGCCAAAAGAAAGACCGUCACCGCCAUGGAUGUGGUGUACGCUCUGAAACGCCAGGGACGCACUCUGUACGGCUUCGGCGGAUAAACGUUCAACACCGAAUCACGUCAACACAACGGCUCUUUUAAGAGCCACC